AUGGAGCAAUCGAAUUCGUUGCUCCUCAAUGAAGAUGCACUGAAACAGUGCGCAGAUCCAAAGAAACCAGUUUUUAUUUAUGAAUGGUUACGAUAUUUGGAUACAAUAUUACCAGUUACACAAAAGGCCGACAUAAAAAGUGUUCAAAAACAAUUGGUUGACCAGUUAAUAUCACGUAUUCUAACCGGGCCUGGUCCACCAACUAGGGUUCUUCUUGCGAAAUGUAUUGCUCAGAUUUAUUCGAUUGGUGACACGUAUAAUUUGUUUGAGACGAUAAACUUUUGCAAUGAUGUAUUGAAAGGACGCGACGAUUCACCGAGUCAACUUCCUGUCAAAUUGUAA